GCGACAUCAACGCCAUACCGAUCUUUCCGAGUCAGUAUGUGCAAUGGUCCAGCAUCCCGGAAAGCAUGCUCACGUUGUUCCUGUCGAUCACGGGCGGCCUCGACCAGGUGACGGCCCUUGAUCCUCUUCGGGAGGUGUCUCCCAUCGCCUUCGCGUCCUACCUCAUGUAUGUGUCGCUGACCAUGUUCGCCAUCGUCAACGUAGUGACAGGUGUGUUCUGCAACACCGCCAUCGAGAGCGCUCAGACGGACAAGGAGAUUGCCGUCAUGAAGCAGAUACAGAGGCAACGAAUUCAGGUGGAAACCUUGCGUGGGUUUUUCCGAGAAAUGGACGACGAGGAGACCAGUGUGGUCAGCCUCAAAGAGCUGCAGGAUGCCAUCCAGACUGGGAAGCUUUCAGGCUUCCUGGAGUCCAUGGGCAUCUCAACGCAGGACGUCUGGACCCUCUUUAUGAUCAUUGAUGUGGACAAGAGUGGGCUGAUUGGGCUGGAUGAGUUCGUGUCAGGCUGCAUGCAGCUCCACGGGCCGGCCAAGAGCCUCCACUUGGCCAAGAUGAGUCAUGAGAACAAGGUUGCGAGGCAAAUGCUGAGCCACGUGGAGCGGAUGCUUUCAGGAGCACUUUCGAAGCUGGACCAGCUGCUUCCAGGGUCCUCACGGCCUUCGGAGACUAAAGACUCCAAAGACUCCGGCUGGCACCUCUGA